CAUUCAGUAAUGUGGUGAAGCAUACUCUUCUCACCACCGCUCGUGGGUGCAUGACUUAUGUUAACGGAACAGAAGCAGAUUUAGAAGCACUUCGCGGCGACCCGCCAUAUCCUGAAAAAGGUUCUUGCAUCAUCAAAUGUUUGUUAGAAAAGAUUGGUAUUGUACGAAACAACAAAUAUUCCAAAUUAGGAUUCAUGACAGCUGUUACACCACUGGUAUUUACCAAUAAGAAGAAACUCGAGCAUAUGAAAAUAGUGUCCGAGAACUGUGACAAAGAGAUCAACCAUCACGAAGUAGUGCCGUGUCAAUUGGGAAAUGAAGUUGUUACUUGCAUCUUCAAAUAUGCACCUGAGCUGCACUUAAAGGAAUAAGAAGAUUUAUUACACCAAUAUUUCGAGUGUUUUGACCUUAUUUAAAAAAAAAAGCAAGUAAAUAGACACAAAUGACAUUUUAUUGAACGGGAAAUAUUUUACACUUACAAAUAUACUUCGAAACUCGAGAUACUUCCGAAUUUUUGUUUGACAAACACGAGUUAAAUUAAAUUCUAAAUUAGAAAUUGUUACGUUAAUAGAAACAUAAACCCUUUAAUACCGCAUUCAAUUAAUUUAUUUAUUAUAAAUAUUUUAUGAAGGUUUUGUUACGGAAAAUCACAAUGUGUUUGUCAAAAUAGCGUUUCCGUGGUUUUCACUUUAAGGCGAUGACAAACAAUGUACUUACUUAAAUAAGUACACUUAAGUAGAACUUACAAAGUCCCAACAUAAUUCACGGUACCCUUCUGGUUUAUACAAAUACUGUUACUGAAUUCACUGCUUCAGGAUAUUGAGUUGUAUCGCGUAAAAUACAAUGUUGUAAUUGACAGUAAACAUUUCAAAUGCAUUACUAUAGACCAGUACAGCUGUGCUUUCAACUUGUAGCUGAAAUAAUAAUUAUAUCUUUGAUUUUGAAUAGGUUUGCAUCAGCAGGCUUUGCGCGGCGUGUUAGCCUAUGCAAUUGCAUAUCGAGGGUUUCGACCAAUAGACAUAGCGAAUCUACGUACAGGCGAUAUUAUAGUUAUUUCACUGUAUGAAACAUGAUAAUCGAAAAACCCUUAAAGAUGAUUUGAACAAAAAGAUAUCUCUUUUAGAACUCGCUGAAAUAAAGAACGGGUCACGGGUUUGAAUCCCGGCUCGGGCUCUAGACCACUGAAAUCGACUUUAUUGAGCUUCAGUUCAUGUCUGGACCAUAGAUAAUUAAUAAACAUCACGUGGUGUCCAGGAUGUGUGCCCAGUUAAUGACAAUAGGCACGCCUCAUAGGACUGAAACAUAGCUGGCGAGCGGGUGUACAAGCUAUAGCUCUGCCUACCCCUUCGAGGAUACAGGCGUGAUGCUAUAUUAUGUUUAACAAGCACAAGACGUUUCGCUAUUCUCAACGAAUCCAAAGAUAUCAAAACAAUACAAGAAAAAUCCUCAUUACGUUUCUUAUUUUAAUGCAAAUCUGGUAGCAAAAACGCCGUAUAGAUGUAAAUUCACCACGUGUCCCGUAUUCCUUCGUGCCCAGGGUGGGAAGACGUGUUAAACAGUCACAAGACGUGUCACAAGGCCACGUUUAUGGGUUAAACUGUACGUGACAAUCUUCUACAAGAAGUACGUAGGUACAUAAGUAAGAAAAUGUGUAUCAGUCUCACCCGAAAGACAGAAAGUUUCGCGUGAAUGAGUUUCAUGAGUAAUUAGUGAGAUGUUUGGAAGAUUAUGAUUCAAAUUACACGUACAAUCACGUUACCAUACUGAACUGGUAGCCUAUGUACAGCGAUUGUAUCUAUGUAUGUAGAUAAUAAGGGAAAAUAAUGUAGGUAAGUAAAUAUUAAAAUAACU